GCAAGGGCAUCAAGUGUGCCGGAGAUUCGCGAGAAGAAGAAGAAUGAGUGGCCAGUGAAGUAGGAGGGGAAGAACCCGACGAAGAAGGGGACAUUAGGGUCCAAACCGUUACUACAUAUGUCUGUGUUUGUGCGCAUCUGUUGUUAAACUGUCGCUGCGGUGUUGAACAGGACGCUUUUUUCGAGGAUGCUGCUAGUUUUGUCCGAAGACCACAAGGAGCACCUCGCCUUCCUGCCGACGGUCGAGCCCGCAGUGGUUGGAGAGUUUGGUCGAAUAGCUCUGGAGUUCCUACGGAGAGGAAGCAGCCCCAAGAUCUAUGAGGGAGCAGCCAGGAAGCUGUGCGUUCCUGUGGAUAUGGUGCAGCAUGGAGUGGAAGGCCUGAUGUUCCUGAUGACGGAGAGCUCCAAACACAUGAUCUCCGAAGUGGAUUUCCUGGACUCAGUGUUAGCUUUGGGGUUUGGUGAUGAGCUUAACCAGAUCCUCUUACAGCUCUACCUGCAGCACCACAGUCAGAUCCGCAGCAUCCUGCGACAGCUGCCCUCCAAUUUACCUGCUUACCACAACCUGGAAUGGAGACUGGAUGUGCAGUUGGCGAGUCGUUCAGUUCGUCAGCAGGUCAUUCCCAUGCUGACGAUGCGUCUGCUCCUAACAAGAGGCUGUGACAGCCGCAGCGACAACAGCGGGAGGGUUCUCCAGACAGACCCCAGCACUCUCCUGCACCUCAUCUCCACACUGGAGGCUGCUCUGGCCGCCAUGAAAACCAGUCAUUCUCGGCGCAUAUUACGCAACAUCAAAUAAUCGCCCAAGUCACCUUCUGUUUAACACGUGUGCCUCCUGCCAACUGCGAACACUAUGUUACUGCCUUUAUACCUGGAAAACAUUAAGCAGUGUCUUUGUAUUCUUCAGUGCAGUGUCGAGUGUUUCUUCUGAUUUGGUCCUGGCUGUUAAACCGGGUCUCUGCCCAUCUGGUCGUCGCUUUUUUUUUACCCUAGAUCACGAUAUGUGCCAAAUCUCAAUGACUGUAUUGUAUGUAAGGUUUCUACAGUGCUGCUGAUAUUGUAUUAAAGUGUGAGACAGAGA